AUGACGUACCCGAACACCAGCAUACUGACAGCCAACUUCAGUGGAGCCUUGAACAGCUAUGACUCCGGGGGAAACAUUUACCGGCCCUUCUCUGUUUUCAGCGUGCUCACUCUUACUUUGCUGGCUAUGCUGGUGGUGGCCACCUUUGUCUGGAACUUGCUGGUGCUGGUGACCAUCCUUAGGGUGAGGACAUUCCACCGGGUCCCCCACAACCUUGUGGCCUCGAUGGCCAUCUCCGAUGUGAUGGUGGCCGCCCUGGUCAUGCCUCUAAGUCUCGUCCAUGAGCUGAACGGCCGGCUGUGGAAACUGGGCCGUGUGCUGUGUCAGGUGUGGAUCUCCUUUGACGUGCUGUGCUGCACGGCCAGCAUCUGGAAUGUGACGGCCAUCGCGCUGGACCGUUACUGGUCCAUCACCAGGCACCUGGAGUACACGCUCAAGACGCGCAAAAAGAUCUCCAACGUGAUGAUUGCACUCACGUGGCUGCUGUCCUCCAUCAUCUCCCUGUCGCCUCUCUUCGGCUGGGGGGAGACCUACUCAGAGGGGAUGAAGUGCCAGGUGAGCCAGGAGCCGUCCUACACGAUCUUCUCCACCUUCGGGGCGUUUUACCUCCCUCUUUGUGUGGUGCUGUUUGUUUAUUGGAAGAUCUACAAGGCUGCAAAGUUUCGGAUUGGCUCCCGCAAGACCAACACAAUCACGCCCAUGGCAGAGGUAAAGGAGGAAACACAGCAGCCCCAGAUGGUGUUUACUGUGCGCCAUGCCACCGUGACCUUCCAGACAGAUGGGGACACGUGGCGCGAGCAGAAGGAGAAAAAGGCAGCGCUGAUGGUAGGCAUUUUGAUUGGCGUGUUUGUACUUUGCUGGAUUCCCUUCUUCAUCACUGAGCUCAUCGUGCCGCUGUGCUCCUGCGAUAUCCCGCCCAUCUGGAAGAGCAUCUUCCUGUGGCUGGGCUACUCCAACUCCUUCUUCAACCCUCUCAUAUACACCGCCUUUAAUAAGAACUACAACAAUGCUCUGAGGAACCUCUUUUCCCGACAGCGCUGA